AUGAGCGACGCGGGAGCUGCAGAGCCGGCGCGCGGCCUCGACGCCAGCCGCAGCACCCGCAGCCGCCGCAGCAGCACCCGCAGCACGGCCGACGCAGGCGACCGCAAGACGGCGACGACCACGACGACCACGACGACAGCGACGGCGACGGCGACGGCGGCGGUCAAGGACAAGGCGUGUGCGUACUGCGGCCAGCUGUUCACGUCGUCGUCGCUGGGGCGGCAUCUGGACCAGUAUCUGUUCAAGAAGAAGCCCGACGGCGUGCACGACGUCGACGAGAUCCGACGGCUGCGCAGCGGCAUCACUCGGCGCACGGCGCGCAGCUCGACGACGACGACGACGACGACGACCACCGCAGCGGGCGGCAAGGCAUCGGCGGCGACGGGCAGCCCCGAGCCCAGCAACGAGGCGCCGCUGGUGGUGCCGCCGCAGCAGCUCAACCCCAAGGGCGCGGGGCGAGGGUUCCGCGUGUUCCUCAACCAGCCCAGCUGGCAGGCCACGGGCGUCAUCAACGACCUGCCCAACGCGCCGCCCGUGUCGCAGCUGCGGCUGCCCACACGCCCGCCCGCCCGCGCCGACACUGCUGCUGCUGCCGACGCCCCCGAGACCGCGCGCGCGCUGGAGCUGGCCCUGCGCGAGGUGCUGGCCGGCGUGCACGCCGCCGCAGCCCGCACCGCCUCACGCUCCUCGCCCUUCGACUUCGACGUGCCCGCGCAGACCUUCCCCGCGCUGUGUCUGCAUGCGCUGCCACCGCCGCCCAGCCUGUUCGCCACGCACCCGUUCGCUGCCGCCGACGCCUUCCCGCUCGACCCGCCGUCCGCCGCCCACCGUGACCCCGUGCUGCGCGCCCUCCGCGCCCGCAUCCACCGCUGGCAGGCCGACCAGCACCGCGCCGCCACCCCGCCCGCCUCCUCCUCCGCCGCCUCCUCCUCCACCACCACCACCACCACCACCACCACGAGCAGCAGUGGGAAUAACAAUGCCGCCGCCGACGUGGCGCGCGCCGCUCAGGGCCACGAGGACCUGGUGCAGCACCACGUCGACCUCGCCCUGCGCCACUGGCUGGCCCGCCCGCCGCACGAGCAGCGCAGCCUGUGGCAGCUGGAGCUGACGCGCGCCUUCGCCCGCGAGCAGGACCAGCGACGGCAGCUCGAGCAGCAGCUGGCGCGCGCGCAGCAGGAGGCCCAGCAGCUACGCGCCCAGGUCAGCCAGCUGGCCUCGUGUCAGUGGCCGCGCGAGUUCGCGCUGUUCCCGCCUAACCUACUGCCGCUGGCCGCCGACGUGGCGCGCGAGCUGGACGACCGCGGCAGCGCGCUGAACGAGCCCGCCGCUGCGCGUUGGGACUUCGACGCCGUGCUCGCACGCUGGAAGCGCGUCGUCAUGCACGACAAGACCAUGGGCCGCUCCGGCGUCGGCGCCUACAUGGACCCCAUCGUCGAGCGCCAGCAGGCCGCCGCUGCCACCCACAACCUGCUGCAGCGCAUCCCCACCGACCACCAUAAUAAUAAUAAUAAUAAUAAUGAUGCCCAUUCCGAUCCUCAUUCGCGUCGCCGCUCGCCGCCCGCUCGCAGCGCCCCCGUGUCGCCCGAUUCCGGCCCCGCGUCCCACGAUCUCCGCCCCGCCCUCCCGCCGCCGCCGCCGCCCGCGCCCUACGACACAC